UGGAGGCAGUGAGGACGGAGAGCAGUCAGUUCUGGGUCUAACGGAACCGUUAACGGGGUUUUAGGAACAAACAUGUCUUCGUGUGUCCUGCUCUGCCUGCUGGCUGUCGCCGUCUCCCUCAGCUCCGUGUCGGCCGACCAGCGGAGGCUCUCCCCAGAGAACCUACUGGUGAUCACAGCAGCUACAGAAGAGACUGAUGGCUUCACACGCUUCAUGAGGACAGCUAGAGAGUUUAACUACACUGUCAAGGUGCUGGGUCUGGGGGAGGAGUGGAAGGGGGGGGACGUGGCUCGGACAGUGGGUGGAGGUCAGAAGGUCAGGUGGCUGAAGAAAGAGCUGCUGAAACAUUCUGACAACAAGGACAUGGUUGUCAUGUUCGUGGACAGCUAUGACGUCAUCUUUGCGUCCGGUCCUGAGGAGCUGCUGUCCAAGUUUUCCCGUCUGGGUCACCAGGUGGUUUUCUCCGCUGAGGGCUUCUGCUGGCCUGAUCAGAGACUGGCCAACAAGUACCCCGAGGUGCAUGCUGGGAAACGCUACCUGAACUCUGGAGGGUUCAUCGGCUUCGCCUCAGAGCUCAGUACGAUUGUCCAGCUGUGGAAAUACAAAGACAACGACGACGACCAGCUGUUCUACACUAAGAUCUACCUGGACAAGACUCAGAGGACAAAGUUCAACAUGACUCUGGACCAUCGCUCCAGAAUCUUCCAGAACCUGAAUGGAGCUGUCGAUGAGGUGGUGUUGAAGUUCGAGAGGGCAAAGGUCAGAGCAAGGAACGUCGCCUACGACACACUUCCUGUCAUCAUCCACGGAAACGGCCCCACCAAGCUGCAGUUGAACUAUCUGGGUAACUAUGUUCCCACGGCAUGGACCUUUGAGAACGGCUGUGCCAUCUGCGAUGACGACCUGCUGUUCUUCAACGAGGUUCCCGAUGAGGAGAUGCCUCUGGUGUACGUCGCUGUGUUUAUCGAAAAGGCAACUCCAUUCAUGGAGGAGUUCUUGGACCGACUGACGAUGUUCAACUACCCCAUCGAAAGGAUCCGCCUCUUCAUCCACAACAACGUCGUGUACCACGAGCGCCACAUCCAGUGGUUCUGGGAGCGCUACAGAGCUCUGUUCCCCGACGCCCGGCUGGUCGGACCGGAGGAGAACCUGCAGGAGAACAAGGCCAGAGCCAUGGCUGUUGAGACCUGUAGGAAGGAUCCAGAGUGUGAUUACUAUUUCAGUAUUGACUCCGAAGUGGCCUUGACGAACCCGGACACGCUGAGGAUACUUAUUGAGGAAAACAAAUCAGUUAUAGCUCCAAUGUUGUCCAAACACGGGAAGCUGUGGAGUAACUUCUGGGGCGCUCUGAGUCCUGAAGGGUACUACUCCAGAUCUGAAGACUACAUCGAGAUCGUCCAGGGCAAGAGAGUUGGUCUUUGGAACGUGCCCUACGUCACCCAGGCUUACCUGAUCAAGGGCAGCAUGCUGCGGUCCAAACUGUCCCAGGUGAACCUGUACGUGGAUGAGGCUAUGGACCCUGACAUGGUGUUCUGCAGGAGCAUCAGAGACCAGGGAGUCUUCAUGUUCGUGUCAAACCGCGAUGAAUUCGGUCGUCUGGUGGCGUCGACCAACUUCAACACGUCCAGGCUCCACCCGGACAUGUGGCAGAUCUUCGACAACCCUGUGGACUGGAAGGAGAAGUACAUCAGUGAAAACUACUCCAAGAUCUUUGAAGAUGAGAAGAGCUUUGUUGAGCAGCCCUGUCCAGAUGUUUACUGGUUUCCAGCCUUCUCAGAGAAGAUGUGUGAUCAUCUGGUGGAGACCAUGGAAGCCAAUGGCGAAUGGUCUGGAGGAUCGCACAAGGACGAGCGUCUGGCCGGUGGUUAUGAAAACGUUCCCACUGUGGAUAUCCACAUGAACCAGAUCGGAUUUGAGAAGGAGUGGAUGAAAUUUCUCAAAGAGUACAUUGCUCCUGUCACCGAAAAACUCUAUCCUGGAUAUUACCCGAAGGCCCAGGCCAUCAUGAACUUUGUGGUGCGUUACCGUCCUGAUGAGCAGCCGUCUCUGAGGCCACAUCACGACUCCUCCACCUUCACCAUCAACAUCGCCCUGAACAACAAGGGCAUCGACUAUGAGGGUGGAGGCUGCAGGUUCCUGCGUUACGACUGUAAGGUGGAGUCUCCCAGGAAGGGCUGGUCCUUUAUGCACCCCGGCCGCCUGACACACUACCAUGAGGGUCUGCCCACCACCAAGGGGACCAGAUAUAUCAUGGUGUCCUUCGUUGACCCGUAGACACGCUGACGAUCUGUGUGUGGUUAAAGAGCCUUCCUGUUCCUCAGACACACCAACCACUUCAACCGGUCUACUGUGUGUGAGCGUGUGUGUGUGUGAAUGUAAGUGUGUGUGAACAUCAGUCAACCUCAUCAUCACUGAUGGAGACAGGGCGGAGGAAACGACGUGAUGACCUUGAAUGCAUCGUCUCAGAACAUUUUUUUGAAAGUUUGUCUUUUUUCUGAUUGAAUAGAACUUCCCCUGUGAUCCUGGUACAGAUGUUACAGCUUUCACAGAGGACCCUGAAUGCACCGUUACUUACAACAUUUCAGAAUAAGAGUCACUUUAUUUCACAUUCAUUUCGUAACUUCGGACAAGAGAAUGUGGUAUUUCAAAACAAGAGUUUCUUGUCGAGGUUAAAAUCUUUUUUUUUCACCGUGCUGCCUUAUCUGAUCAUACCACCUGAACCUAUGCAAGCAGAACAACACUCUGUGUGUGUGUGUGUGUGUGUGUGUGUGUGUGUGUGUGUGUGUGUGUCACCUCUCUGCUGUUACACUCCAUCAAACUUCUACAAACAGAUGUUGCUACAGAUUGAAGUUCCUGAGUGUUCCACAGCAGCACCGUCAGCACUGGUCCUGCAGGGUGUGCUCUCUCUCUCUCUCUCUCUCUCUCUCUCUCUCUCUCUCUCUCUCUCUCUCUCUCUCUCUCUCUCUCUCUCUCUCUCGUUCCAAAGCAGAAGUUGCAUCAUUUUUACCAUCAUAAUCUACACUCCCCUACAAAGCCUAACUGCAGUAGCUACAUUUUUGGUCGAAACUGAGUUAUAACUUAAAAUUAACUCCUUGAUGUCUGUUUUAUCUUGUGACAAAGUUUUAGAUUUCAAUUUUGCUUUAUUUCAGAGAAAGAAUGAUACAAAGAUUAAACUGAAAACCAAAGCAGACCGCAGUAAGUUCACUCGCCGCAAUCUGAUUUGGAAAUAUGUACGCAUUUAAACAUAAAACAAAAGCAGUGUUGCCUUGUAUUUCUUCAUUGUGUUGAAUAGUUAAGACAGUAAUAAUAUAAAUUAUAAGUUUAUUUUAUAGGGAAAUUAUUAUCUAGAUACUGAUCAAGUAAAAAAGUGAGAUAAAAUUAUAUUAACCCUAUAAAGCAACCCUCAAAGUUUUUGAGACCUCUACAUCAUCAGUGUGAUAUUUUUUCCCCAGAAAAAACGAUACAUACAUGUGUUGAAGAUAAACAAACUGAGCAACAAAUUGCACAAAAAUACAAGAUGUAGCAAAAAUAAUUUGCUGGUUCCACUGGUGGAUCUGUCAUUGCUGCAUGAAAACUUCUUAUCAGCAGAUGUAUGAUGUUGUGUGAUAUGGGAAAAAAAUAUUUUGCAUGUUUGACGAAAAUGUUAAAAGGAAAGGCAAAGUUUUAAUUGGUUAAAAAUAUUAGUUUUUAUGUUUUUGUUAGUUCCAGAAAAACAAAAAGUAAGUAAAGAAUUGCAAAAAAGACCUGAUGUAUAUAAAUAUCAAAUAUGAUACAAAUUAGAAUUCAUAUAUGCAAAUUGAUGUUAUUAUUAUGCUUUUAAUUUGUCAGCAGGUUCAAUAAACACUCCAGUUUUAAAAAAUGUGAAUUUUCUGAUAAUUAUCAUGAUUUUUUUUAGCAUAAAAAUGACAUCAACACUUGCAGAAAUAGGUGUUAUAUCACUUACCUACCUGUAACCCAUUUGGCUUUAAAACUUUAAAGCAGUUUUUCUCAGUUUAACCCCUUGCUUAGUUACUGCAGUCGGACUCUGUAGGGCAGAAUAAAUUAUCUGUCACAUCAUCAUCAUCAACAGAUUAUCAUACAAGAGAUUAUUCCUUGUUCCCCCGGUGGUUCCUGUGAUCAGCAGGUCAGAGCUCCGACCCCCCGAACACAGAAAUCAGGAGAAAGAAACGUAGAUAGUUAUUAAAAGUAUUUUUUAAGCCAAAAGUUUUGUGAGUAAAUGUGUGAAUCAAGUGUUCAGGAGAUGAAACUCCACUUUGAGAUGUUUUUAAACUGUUAUACUGGGAAGACUUUUAUAUUUUCAUGUUUCUUUGUGUGUUGUAUUUCCGUGGCGGAGGCGUCCCGCCCGGCUCUGCCUUAAGUUUCUCUGCGUGCCUGUUGACGCCACCAGUCGACCGUCUCCGGCUUUGUACAAACUGCGUUAAAUUAUUUGACUGAGCGAAUAAUAAGUUUUGAGAUUUGAAUAAAUAAUUUCACCGU